AUGGCUCCUAAGAACACUGAUAAUAAAAUUGAUAACAAUAAUAACGAUUACGCGUCAAUAGACUCCAACGCGUCGGAAAAAACAAAACCUUUGGGAACUCUUGCUGGUAUUGGAAAUAAUUGCAAUAACAUGAUUGGUGCUGGAAUAUUCUCAAGUCCUGGUCUAGUCUUAAAUGAAAUACGGUCGCCUGGAAUAGCAUUAGUUUUAUGGGUAGUGGGUGGAAUUGCUACCUUGUUUGGAUCACUUUCUUAUGUCGAGUUAGGAAGUUCUAUGCCAGAUGGAGGAGGAGAGACUGUGUAUUUAGAACAGGCAUAUCCUCGUCCAAAAGCCCUAUUGAGUUAUAUGUUUAGUUUUACCAUGAUCGUGGCAAUACAACCGGCUUAUACGUCUGCCAUAGCAAGCGUUUUCGCACAAUAUUUCUUAUAUUUAGUUAAAGCGACAGGGCGUUGUGACAUCGAUUAUCUGCAUCCAAAGAAAUACAUUACUGAUUGGAAUUUUUGGCAAAUACGACUUUGUUCGUUAGCUGCGGUAGUUAUAGUCACAGCUUACCACAUGGCGUCCAACAAAUGGGCAAAUCGUAUAAAUCAAACUCUCACAAUUAUAAAGAUGUUAACACUGCUUACAAUAUCGAUUAUUGGACUUGCAACAAUUCAUCAGGUUAUUAACGAUGAAGAUACGAAUUGGAAAAAUAUGUUUCCUAGAGAUGUAAAUAUUAGUGCACGUUCUUUGACGGCUGCACUUAUGCCUAUUUUAUUUGCAUAUGGUGGCUGGAAUAAUUUAAAUUAUACUUUGGAUGAAUUCGUAAAUCCACAAAAAAAACUAUUCGCGUCAAAUAACCUUUGUGCUAAUAUUGCAUACACAAACGUACCAUUAAAUAAAAUAACCGGAAAUAAUGAACCUUCAGAAAUCAUUGCUGCUUUUGGAGCAUUGGCUGCGAACGUAUGGGCAGGUUCGCGAGUUAUUGUAGCCGCUGCUAAAAGAAAAUAUCUUCCUUUCUCGUCACAACUUAAAAAAUGGAAUGAAGAUACAGGGACUCCAAUUUUUGCAUUGAUUACACAAGCAGCUUGGUCUUCAUUAAUCAUUAUCUUUUAUCCGCAUAAUGAUCCAUUUAAAUUUUUUGUUAGCUUGAGUGAGUAUUGCGUGUGGGUAUUUCUAUUUCUGACUGUUUUGGGAUUAUUGAUUUUGCGCCGUUCUCAACCCAAUUUAUACCAUCCAUUCAAAGUGUUUACCUUAAUACCUAAAAUAUUUAUUAUAUUCACACUAUUUGUGAUAAUUGGUUCUUUCGUAAAUGAUUCAUCAAAAAUACAUACACCACAACCACCACCUAACAGUGACCAGUGUGAUAGUUCGAAAAACCACGAAUACUUAGGCUAUAAAUAUUACCUUCCUUAUGUCGUUAGUUUGGUUGUGAUAGGAGUUGGUGGAAUUUCCUGGUCAAGUGAUGUUCGAAAAUUUGUUCAAUUAGUUUAUCAAAUUAUUACAGUUUGA